AAAUUAAUAGCCAUUUAAUAAAAAUAUUAAUUACAUUACUCAUCAAAUCUAAGAUAUAUGAAUAUCAAAGUAGCAGAAUCUCCAAAUCCAUAAAGGAUUUAAUUGGAAAUGAAUAAUUCUUUCUUCAAAAGUAGCCCCGCAAACCUUAAAAGGUAAGCUAUAGAGACUCUUUAAGCAAGAAGAAGGAUUAAGUUUAAAAAAAAUAAAAAUCUUAAUUCACAAACGUCAGAUAAUCAGAAUCACCAAGCUGAUAUAAGUAAGUAGGAAAAGGAACAGUUUGACAAGAAACUACAGUAAUUUUAAGAAAUUGAUCUGUAAGCUUACAAUAUAAAUAAUGGAACAAUGGAUAUCUAAAAAAAUAAAAACGAAUCGUUUUUAACAGACUUGGCUAAAUUCUCUGCUGCCCAUAAUCAUGAAAAAAAGAAAACAUUUGAUUUAGAUGCUUUUCCUAGCAUAAAAAAGUAUAUUAGGUAGUAAGCUACAGAUAUAUCUAGGAUAAGAAAUGCUUCACCUUCGUUUUCUUCAUAACCUUAAAGCUAAAAUCAUUAAUCAAGAUUAAAGCUCAUACUCGAGGAGCACUCAAUACAUAAUUAGCCGAAUUAAUUAAAUCUAUAAAAUAAUAAAAAUGAUGAAAAUUUUCCAAGUUUUCCUGCUAUUAAUUCUCCUUAGUAAAAUGAAAUAGCUUUAACCACCCCUAAAAAUUCAUCUAUCUUCACAACAUAAACUAUAACCGGGAAUGUUAUAGGCUAAAAAAUAAGAUCUCAAUCGGUUUAAAAUUAAUCUAAAAUGCAAAAGACUGAAAGUAGCAUUUAGGCUAACUACCUACAUUUAAAUUAGGGUAAAUAUCUUGAUGAUUUAUCUAAAGAGUAUUAUAUAAAUGAUGAAAAUGGAACAGAGAUACCUUCCAUAGAUGAUUUUUUAAAAGACAAAACUAAAAUUAAUUUCUUUAAACAAACUGUAAAACAUAAAUCUAGAUUAAGCAAUAUGGUAUUGAAGCUUGAAAAUGAUAAAAUAUAAAUUAAUUAGCUCUAUAAAAAUGAUCCAUACAAAAAACUUUUAUAAAACAUACCACUAACCUAAAAAUAUUAAUCAAAAGCUCCAAGGAGGCUAUUGCAUUAUAGUAACUUAGAGUCUGAGAUGGAUAGGAGUUCUUAUCUUGAAAAUGAUUUAUCUUAAACUCUUUUAGCUCAAAAUAUUUCUUUUUUAGAAACUUUUAAAAAUGAUAAAGAGAAAUCAGAACCUACUCAAACACCAAAUAAUUUAUAUUCCUCUUCUAAUGAUUUCUUUAACAACUAAGUGAGUGAAGACCAACUCAAACAAAUGUUUAGUUAAAACUACAAAAAUAUAGAUUUUGAUCAGAUUAUAUAAGCUAAAUAAAAUAAUAUUGAUCACUCUAGAAUAUAAUUUCAUUAUUUUGCAUAAAAUAUGAUUAAAAUACAGAAACAAAAAUAAAAUUUAAAUAAAAACACUUAAAACGUUUUAAACUAUCAGAUAUGGAAUAGAAAGGACAAUAUGAUUUAAAAGAUAAAACUAAUUGAUGAUUAAUCAUAACUUCUAUAAGAUAAUGGAGUUGAUAAUAAUUAAUUAUCUACUAAUUCUGUUUCUAAUUUUAAUUAGGAUUCUACUAAAAAUCUAUCAACUAAAAAAUGGUUUUAAACAAAGAAAAAACUCAGCAAAUAAUUCAGCCAGAGCAUAUAAAUAAAUAAAAUAUAAUCCUACUAAUUGAAUCAAUUUUUGAUCUAUCUAAAAGAAGAAUAUGAAAAGCAUAUUGAAGAAAAUGAAAAAAUGUUUUUAAAAUAUAUCAAAUAAUAAUUAGAGUUAGGAAAGAUUAUUGAUGAGAAAUAAAUGAAUGAUAUAAUUUAUAACCAUUUAAUAGAUAUAAACUCUCAUUUUGCUCAAAAGUCAAAAUAAUAUAUUUUAAAUGAGAAACCUGUAUUCAAAUAAAUUCAUAAAAAUACUGCUAUAACUGAAGAAAACGAGUAAGAUGUAGAUACAAAUUUUGAAAAACCACAAAACUAGUCAACUAAAAUGAAAAAUUAAAUUCUUUAAUAAAAUUUAUAAUCUUAAAAUAGCAAUUAUUAAAGAUAAAUGAGAUAUAAAAGAGUUGGUAAAGAACUUAAAAAACUUAAUACUGGUCUUAGUAAUUACUCAAUUGAAGAAAAAAAGUAACAAAAUCAAUUUUAAGAUGGAAGAAUCACUGAAGAAUCAUACUUUGAUCCAAUAAUUACAUCUUAUACUUUAAAUACUAACUAAAACUUAAAAACAAACUUGAGAAAUCAUACCAGGAUUAACUCUUUUUGUUGA